GGCCACUGCUUACUGUUCAAGUAGUGGGCGGCUACCGGUUUCAGAAUUAAGUAAGAUAUAGUGACCAUACUACCGUUGGUAAACUGUCAGUCUAUUUAAUUUAAUAAUCUGACAGAAUGCGCCAAAAUAUGCGUUAAGAUAUUACGGAUAAAGCGUCCCCCUGGGAUAACCUAGUCAUGGUAACCACAGUAAGAACACCAAGAUCCGCUCAACCUGGGCGGACAACAGCACCACAGCGGUUUAGUUGUGGGGUGGUGCGGGGAAUGUGAACAACAUGGAAACGUCAGGGGAUGGAUGUUCGCAACCGGCUUUGUCUGUCAAUCUCAAUGACCGGGCGACCAUCACAUCAUUGGGUCAACUGUCUGGCGACACGACGGAGUUUGCAGUUUACCAAUCGAAUGUCAACAAGGACGAAACCGGUUGGAGCGGCCGCAGGGAUUCGUUGGAGGUAGGUGAAGGAGACGGGGACAUCGGCCGGAGCUCAACCGAGUUCAGUGCUUUACGCCAGUGCACGCGUAUUGACGGGAAUGGGAAAAUGUUGGAUUUAGUUACUGAGAGCCCACCCGGGUGCAUUGCGAAGGACAAUGACAUUUCUAAGUCAUGCAAUGUUAGUGGUUCUUCUUCAAACGGCUUUACUAAGUCAAACUGGGCAGAAAGAGGGGGUACGAAUGGAAACGAGUCCUGCCCUGCUCCUGGCACCAUGGAGAUAGAUGAGGACGGGGAAGCCCUUAAUGCUCUCUCCCUAUGCGAUCAAAUCAAGGAUGCAUCUGCAGAUCCGUGUGGCCUAAACGCUGUGACGAAGUCUCACACCGAAGAUUCACUGAUUAAAUCGUAUAAAGGUCAGCUAGCAGACAGGAGCAGUCCCGAAGGAAUUCUGAAUGGCGAGGCGGUCUGUUACCCGCAGAGCAACCCCGUGCUCGAUGCAGAUCGCCGGUCACGGAGUGAGCAGUACAAAACCGCUGACCCAGAGAGAAAAAUGUCAAACGGUGGGCUAAUGUUAGGGAACUGCAGAGAUGUGACAUUUCACCAAGAGUCAGUUUCCCCUCCUCAGUCAUUUGAAGGUGAAACUUGUGUGUCACUCACUCACUUGGAGAAACCCUUUUCCUGCACAGCCAAUAGUAGUUUAUGUCAAAGUUCUGGUCAGACUGAGGAGCCUGGUAGAACUGAAGACCAAUCUAGAACACAAGAGAACAUGGUGGGGGAACCACAGCCUCAUGGUGCUACCUCUGUAAUCUAUCAUGGUUGUUCUCCCAACCCUGCCCAAACCACAAACCCUGACACAGCCCCAGCCACCAUAGAGGCAAAGGACAAUCAGGCCUCAGACCAGGGUCUUUCCAACAAGCCAGCCCCUGAGCAGAGGCCUCUGGCCAGCAGUAUGAGCUAUGCCGGCCCCUCGCUGAACCCCAAGGACGAGGUAGAGGGCAGAGUUGUGGGCGAGGAGGUGCAGUGUGGGCCGAGCUUCAUGGACGUCAGCCUGAGCUCCAGGAACACGUUUGAGUCGAGUCGGCGGCAGAGCGCCCCAGGACACCUCCCCCCGGGCCUCAGUGUGGUGGACUCCUCGGAGCUGGCUCUGCAGUCCCAGCGACCUGGCGUAGCAGAGUACUUUGGCAGAAAUUUGUUCUCCAGGAAGCAGAAGGAGCAUAGUGCCCCCGGGUGGAAGCUCUUUGGGAAGGUUCCUCUCAGAGAGAGCCCCUCCAGAGACUGCAGGACCAUACAGCAGGAGAGUGUACCAGGCUGUCUAACAUCUGUGUCCACUCCAGACCUGUUAAACACUGGGGAGUAUGAGGCCAAGGUGGGGAGGACGGGGAACUCGCCCACCCAGAAUGCACUGGGCCGAAGGAAGAAUCUGGAGUUUGAGCCUCUGUCCACCACGGCUCUCAUACUGGAAGACAGACCUGCGAACCUGCCUGCAAAGUCUGUAGAGGAGGCCCAGAGACACCGGCAGGAGUACGAAGAGAUGGUGGCGGAGGCCAAAAAGAGAGAGCUGAAGGAGGCCCAGAAGAAGCAGAAGAUGAUGAAGGAGAGGCUCAAACAGGAAGAGGGCAUCGCCAGCGCCAUGCUGGUCUGGAACAAUGACAUCCUGCCACAUUGGGACAGCAUGAAGAACACGCGCAGGGCCCGGGAGCUCUGGUGGCAGGGUCUGCCCCCCAACGUCAGAGGGAGAGUCUGGAGCCUGGCCAUCUCCAACGAGCUCAACAUCACCCCAGAGCUGUAUCAGAUCUUCCUCUCCAGGGCCAGGGAAAAGUGGAGGAUCUUCAGUGAGACGGGCUCAGAGAGCGAGGUUGAUGACGGGGCGUCGCUGGCCGACAGGGAGUCCAGUCUGGACCUGAUCAAGCUGGAUAUCUCCAGAACCUUCCCCCCUCUCUUCAUUUUCCAGAAGGGUGGUCCCUACCAUGAUGUCCUUCACAGUGUGCUGGGGGCUUACACCUGUUACAGACCUGACGUGGGAUAUGUCCAGGGCAUGUCCUUCAUAGCUGCAGUCCUGAUCUUGAACCUGGAAGAGGCUGAUGCCUUCAUAGCCUUUGCCAACCUGCUCAACAAGCCCUGUCAGCUGGCCUUCUUCAGAGUGGACCAUGAGUUGAUGUUGAAGUACUUUGCUGCAUUCGAGGUGUUCUUUGAAGAGAACCUCCCCCGUCUCUUCCAGCACUUCCAGAGCUACAACCUCACACCAGACCUCUAUCUCAUUGACUGGAUCUUCACGUUGUACAGUAAGUCGUUGCCGCUGGACGUGGCGUGCCGCGUGUGGGACGUGUUCUGCCGUGACGGGGAGGAGAUCCUGUUCCGGACAGGCCUGGGGAUCCUGCGUCUGUACGAGGACCUGCUGCUCCAGAUGGACUUCAUCCAUGUGGCCCAGUUCCUGACACGCCUCCCCGACGACAUGCUCUCCGAUAGGCUAUUCGCCUGCAUCGCAGCCACGCCAAUGGUCAGCGGGAACAGGAAGUGGACGCAGGUUUUUAAUGCAUUGAUAAAGGAAACGGAGAAGAACGCCAGUGGGUGAUUUAGCGACUGGACUCCAUGACAACCCAUGAUCCCCCUGUUGGGGCUGGAACUGGCUAACACCAGAUCAGGCAAAGACGAUUUGACAGCACCCUACUUCCCUGAUGACGCUGAGGUCACGCCUAAAGAUGGCCGUCUCUGCCCCAGUGACACCAUGGUCAUUCAGCAGUAUCAUGGGAAGGAGAGUCUUUGUAGAAGAGAGCAUCCUCAAGUCUGGAGAUGAAUGGUCAUAUUAUACAGUAGCAUACUUGAUGCCCUUUGUAACUCCAGUGUGGUGGUAAGCCUCAUAGAGGGAAAGGCCUUCUACAAAUUUAGAUGUACCUGACUUUUGGGACCACAGUGAUGUUACAACUAAGUAACAACUCUGUUUUCCUGUGCAGUGGUCUUGAAAUUUGCCUCACAUACUAUUAGUAGUAGGUAGGUAUGCAAGUAGUUCAACAACUUGCCUCAGACAUUUGAUAUUGAUGAGAUAUUUGACAGUUAAUAUCAUUUCCAAAGGGUAUCUGCAACACUUGUGGGUCAAGAUUGAGGGAAACACAACUAUGUGCAUAGAAUGCACACAAUUGCUAGAUUCAUGUCCUUGUAUUCCACCUGGUCAUUGUGGAUGUGAAGCAGCGCUGUGCGUGAAGCACAGUAUAGAACUUCACACAGGAGGUCGAGUCAUGCACACUCAAGCAUACCUGUGAGCACAGGAAUGAAAGAUACAGUAAGUAUCUCAAAAUGAACCUUUUGAAGUGGAAAGUUCAGAGAUUUUGCAGAAGGAGUGAUCUAAAGAGGGUUAUACAUGUUGAGAAAGACACAUGAAGCCUCUGCUUUUAUCUGCUUCUGGAACAUGAAAUAUUCACUUUGAAAAUAAGGAGAGUCUUAGAUCUUAUGCAGUGUAUUUUCCAUGUAACCCCAGACCAAAGAACAUCUUCAGGACUGUGAUUUGUUAAUAUUAUGUAGCCUGGUCACAUAUAUAUACAUAAGUGGUGAUCUGACAUGCUUUUCUGGGUUACAGGACAGCUCUAACACUCCAUUAUGGAUGCAGUCCUUAGAAGUCAGAUCAUUGAGGAGCUCAGUGGUUUGAUGUUGUAAAUGAAAGCAAGAAAGACAUUUUAAAGUAGGCUACUUAUUUAUGAAAUGUAACACACUGAAAAACGUAGAAUUGUGUCUUGUUCUCUUGUUGCUUACUUUAUAAUUAACCAAACAUCUCUUUUAAUAUCUUGCCGUUAUGCACUUUUGAUUUAAAUUCGUUUUAUUAUCAAAUGGUCAUACUAAUUUUAAAUCAGAUUUCAGGUUUGUAAAUUUUUAUCAUUUUCUUUGAAUUUUUCUAUGCUCUCUGUGUUGUACAGUUUUCAUGGUGAAUCAAAAACCUACUGUACAUAAAUUGUUAUUGGAAUUAAGCACUCUGAAACUGUUGACCAGAAGUUAUGAAUUAUGUGAAUAAACGAAAGUAUGA